AUGUCGAAAGAAACCUCAGACAACAAACAACAAUGGAGGAAGCCGAAUCUUUCCCUCGAAAUACCCAACAGGCCGAUGGAAAUAUCUCCUCAAGAAGAUGUUCCCCCAACACAAACUCCCACACCAAGAAAAGUGAACUUCCUUGUCUCGCCGGGGCCCGGCCCGUCUGGCUCGAGGCUACUUGGAUCAUCAUCAUCAUCCGGGCCCACGUCAACCAGAGGGAAAUCAUCCAUCAGGAGCUUGCUGCCUAAAUUGAGCUUCAAGAACCGGAGUUCAGUUAAUAAUUCAGAUGUUGAGAAGGGUGCCAACGGUAGCCUUGACUCGAUUUAUCAUAGUAUUGUCGGGCAAGAUAAGGCCCCGAUAUCAAGAUCGUGGUCAUUUUCGAGAAUUUUUACGCCGAGGAUAAAAAGGACAUCUUCCUUGCCUUUUGUGAACUUGAAUCCGGACAGUAGUCACGGUGGAAGUGUGAACAGUCAUGUUAGUACAAAGGAAGUUGCACGUAUUUCCCGUUCGCUUUCUGUGCCGGUUGUAAGGAAAGAAAAGGGAAUUCAAAGGACGAAUUCUUUUUUCCGUGUAAUACCCUCGACUCCCAUGGUGAAGGAAGAGGACUCUGAAUUGGCAAUUGCCAUAAAGGAAGAUGAUGAAAACGUGGAGGGUGAUGGUGAAGAUAUACCCGAAGAAGAAGCCGUUUGCAGGAUUUGUUUGGUGGAGCUUUGUGAAGGUGGGGAGACCCUCAAGAUGGAAUGCAGCUGCAAAGGCGAACUCGCAUUGGCUCAUCAAGAGUGUGCCGUUAAAUGGUUCGUCAUCAAGGGUAACAAAACUUGCGAUGUUUGCAAGCAGGAAGUCCGGAAUCUUCCAGUCACUCUUUUACGUAUUCAGAGCACCGCAAAUCGAGAUUCUAGGCCACGUGUUGCUAGAGAGAUGGAAUUCAACGGAUACAGGGUUUGGCAGGAAUUGCCUAUUCUCGUCAUUGUCAGCAUGCUUGCCUACUUUUGUUUCCUCGAGCAGCUUCUAGUUAAGAAAAUGGAUACGAGUGCAAUUGCUAUAUCCGUUCCAUUUUCGUGUGCACUAGGCCUCAUCUCAUCUAUCACCUCCUCAACUAUGGUGAAGAGAAGAUUCGUGUGGAUCUAUGCAGCAAUUCAGUUCACCCUUGUGGUUGUCUUUGCUCAUAUCUUCUACAGCCUGGUUCAAGUGCAAGCAGUUGUGUCAAUCCUUCUCUCGACAUUCGCGGGAUUUGGUGUGGCCAUGAGUGGAGCUUCCAUUUUUGUGGAGAUCCUUAGGUGGAGAGAAAGAAACAAUGGUGCCACAAACCAGUCAAAUUCUAGUCCUAGUCGAGCUCCUCCACCAAGCCUUAUACCAACACCGCCCUUAAACAGUCCUACACGACUUAAUCAAGAUGAAGUUGAAAAUCCAAGAACCGCUUAG